UAAGAAAUGUGUGCGUCACGUUCUCCUGAUUGCUUGUAUCUCAUCCGUCGAUGAAGAUGGUCUGCGCAUCUGGGACCUGGGAAGAGUUACUCGGGUGCGAUUAAAUAAAUACGCCGUACAACAUGGAUAUACGCACGAACGACGUACACACAAACUCUCAGAAAGACCAGCAGACCUUGCUGGGGAAUAACGGAGGCGAGCCAAAUGCAGGUACAUUACUUCCUCCACCAGUCUCAAAAUGUAGAGAUCGCAGCGUGAGCCCCAAAUCGCGAUCGGAUCCUCCGGGUGAACAAGCUCCAGCAUCUGCUCCUAUGCCCCCAAUUCAGAGCAAUCUACAAGCAGAGGCUACAACAGCUGUCUCUCUGACGGUUAUUGGCUCUCAGUUGCACGAAGAAGGUCUCAAGGACGAUUACAGCUUAAGUGCGAUUAGAAGCCUUCCUGGAAACUUGAGAGCCAAGGCAAGUCUCAAUCAAUUGGUCACCCCGAAAGGAAGUGAAGCUGGUGAUACGGCUAGCAUCAGAAGUUCUAUUCCUAAUACAGAUAUGGGCGAACCAGAGAACCUCUUUGGGGAUUUUGCCGUUUCUGAGCGCGGGAGCAACGCCCAGGAUGCUGCAGGCUUGCUUCACUUUCCGGAAUUCCAAGGGGGCGAGUUGGAGGAUGAUUUCGCAAGUGAAUUUGACCCGAUUGGUGAGGUAGAUGAAGACGGAAACAAUGAGGAGCUGCUCUUGGAGAAAUGGAAAGCGAAGAGAAAACAUUAUAUCAUUCUUUCGGCCGCCGGAAAACCCAUAUGGACCAGACACGGAGACAGCGGUCUGGUCUCGACGUACGUCGGCAUCAUCCAAACCAUCCUUUCCUUUUACGAGAAUUCUGGGGACCGUCUUAACAGUUUCUCUGCUGGCGACACGAAAUUUGUGAUCCUGACUCAAGGCCCGCUGUAUCUUGUUGCGAUAAGUCGGAUGUUAGAAAGUGAUGAGCAGCUUAGGCUUCAACUUGAAGCUUUGUAUAUGCAGAUCUUGUCUACGUUGACACUCCCGUCUCUAUCACAUUUAUUCUCUAUCCGGCCGUCCACGGACUUGAAACGACCACUACAAGGGUCGGAAAGCCUCUUAUCAACAUUAGCUGACAGCUUCACCAGAGGCUCUCCAUCAACCCUCCUUUCGGCGAUGGAAUGCCUGAAAAUCCGCAAAUCACAUCGCCACACUAUUAACAACACUCUUCUUAGAACAAGGGUCAAAAGUCUUCUUUAUGGACUUGUCGUUGCAGGCGGCCGACUUGUUAGCGUCGUGCGACCUAAAAAACACUCAUUACACCCCGGCGACUUACAGCUCCUGUUCAACAUGAUCUUUGAGGCAGAAGGGGUUAAAGCCGGAGGUGGCGAAAGCUGGAUUCCAGUUUGUCUACCCGGAUUCAACAGCAAGGGAUAUCUGUUUAUGUACGUCAGCUUUCUUGAUCUCCGGGGAAAUAUCAACGAGGUCGCAGGUGAUACUGCGACGAAAGAAGAAUCAGUCGCGAUUAUCUUGAUAAGUACCGACAGAGAGAGUUUUUUUGACUUGCAGAGCAUGCGAAUUGCUCUAGUCGAGCAAAUGGAGAAAAAUGGGAGCAUCAACAUCAUCAGGACCGCCAUCGAAAAAGGCCGUCCUGCCACAACUGAUAUCAUACCGGGAACAGUCCUGCGCCAUUUUCUAUAUAAGUCUCGUGCGAACGUUCAGUUCGCCAUGUCUUCAUACGAUCCCGACUUCUCCUCAGCAUCCAGACAUCGCAGGUUGAUGUCAAUAUAUGAGAGCAUACACGCUAGUGUUCAUGCUAAGCAUACGCAUGUAAAGAUGCACUGCUUUGUUUCCCAAUCUGCAAGUUCUUUUGCGUGGAUUACCCCGGUCUUUGAAUUUUAUUGCGUCGCAGGACCAAAUGCGAAUCGCAACGCCCUUGCGAUGAGUGCGAGUAAGAUCGUUCGAUGGGUGCAACAAGAGGAAGAGCGUCUAUUUAUUAUCGGUGGCGCAGUGUUCUAAUGGAUUCGUCAAUUUAUAUAUACCCCAACUUACGAGAUCUACGAUAUGAUAGAGAGAUGAUAUAACUUU